AUGGAGAGGGAGAGUGGUGUUGUAGUAAAGGGUUCAAAAUUUAAGAGGAUUUGUGUGUUUUGUGGAAGUAGUCAAGGCAAGAAGAGUAGCUAUCAAGAUGCUGCUAUUGAGCUUGGCAAAGAAUUGGUGUCAAGGAAUAUUGAUUUGGUCUAUGGAGGAGGUAGCAUAGGCCUUAUGGGCUUGGUUUCACAAGCUGUUCAUGAUGGUGGUCGCCAUGUUAUUGGGGUUAUUCCCAAGACACUCAUGCCUAGAGAGUUAACUGGUGAAACAGUAGGAGAAGUGAAGGCUGUUGCAGGUAUGCAUCAAAGAAAAGCAGAGAUGGCUAAGCAUUCUGAUGCUUUUAUUGCCUUGCCAGGUGGUUAUGGAACUCUUGAGGAGUUGCUUGAAGUGAUAACCUGGGCGCAACUAGGCAUCCAUGAUAAGCCGGUAGGAUUGCUGAAUGUGGAUGGAUACUACAAUUCAUUAUUGUCAUUUAUCGACAAAGCUGUGGAGGAAGGUUUCAUCAGCCCAAAUGCACGCCACAUCAUUGUAUCAGCACCAUCGUCAAAGGAGCUAGUCAAGAAACUGGAGGAGUAUGUUCCUUCUCAUGAAGGAGUUGCUUCUAAGUUGAACUGGGAGACGGAACAACUUGGUUACCCUCAGGCACAAGAAAUUUCAAGAUGA